CAAUGUAGGAAGGUAAACCGUUUCAGUUUUGUAGCAAAAAAUCUACCAGAGUGAAACCCAGCAGUGUGCUGUCAAUAAAGAACAGCAGUCCAGGACAAAUCAUGAUGGGUUCAGACAAAAUAAUGUGCACUCUCCUUUUUGCUCUUCUACAUGUGAAAGCUGCGGCUGCAAGUAUGCCUGAAUUUGCCAGCAAUAUGUCUGUUAUAUUUGUUAGAGAAGAUACACCAGUAGGUGCAGAAGCGUAUAAACUAAUUGCGACUGACGCAGAUCAUGACAAUCUGACCUAUUUAAUGUCUGGAUCAGAUGCAAUGUAUUUCAAUUUACAACCAGACACAGGCAUUGUCAAGAUUGCAAUUAAUUUGGAUCGUGAGACCAAGGAUUUUUUGAAAGUUAGCAUUUCUGUCACUGAUGGAGUGGCUGAAAGGAGAAUGAACCAAACAAUCGUUGUUGAAGAUGCCAAUGAUGUCACCCCCAUUUUUAAAAAUGCCCCAUAUGUGGAAAAUAUUUUUGAGAAUGAAACUGAAGGUGCAAUAUUAUUUAAUGUAAAGGCAGUGGAUAAUGAUCUUGGACCUGCUGGAACAGUACAGUACAAGAUUGUAGAAGCUCUGCCAGAUGACCCUUAUCUUUUUGGAAUUCAGCAGAAUGGAAGUGUUUUUUUGAAUGGUACACUGAAUUACAACCAGAAAAGCAUGCAUUAUCAAUUAAAGAUCAAUGCUUCAGAUCUUGGUGGAGAAUAUCUUGGAAAUUUUAUUAUUCGAACAUCUUCUGCAUUUGCAGUUAUUAAUAUUAAAGAUGUCCCUGACAUAAACCCAGAAUUCCAGAGAACCCCUUAUCAAACCACAGUCUCUGAGAAUUCAACAGUGGGAUCUUCAGUAUUUCGUGUUUUCGCCACAGAUGGUGAUCGAGGAAUUAAUGAUGAAAUUACAUAUGCUAUUCAAAGUUCAAAGCCUCCAGGAUUAUUUGAAAUUGAUCCUGUGAAUGGAGAAAUACGUGUCAAGGGGUUACUGGACAGAGAAGAUCUUCUUGAAUUUAACACAGUUGUUGAACUGCAAGUUAUGGCCAAAGAAAAGAACCCCGAUGUCCAUGGAAAAGAUGCCUCUGCAAAUACAACUGUAUCCAUCACAGUGACUGAUAUCAAUGACAACACACCUGCCUUUUAUAAUUGUACUCUUAAUGCUUGCAAUUUUAAUGAAAGUUCAAAAAUAAACUCUUUUACCACUUCAGUUCUUGAACACAAUCCAUCAGGGACACCAGUGAAAGAUUUAACUAUAGUGGCUCGUGAUCCCGAUGAGGGUGCUAAUGGAACCUUCAUGCUGUACUUGGAUGGAAAAUAUGCAAAUGCUUUUAGUGUCUCCCCAAAAGAGAUUAUAAAUGAAGGAAUGGUACAAAUAAUUGUACAAAAUUCACGAGUCAUUGACUAUGAGCAACUGAAGUUUAUAAAUAUUGAGAUUGUUGCAAAUGAUACAAGCAAUCAUGCCAAUUGUUGCUCCAGAGUUAAUGUGACAAUCAAUAUUUUGGACAUAAAUGAUCACAGUCCAAAGUUCCCAUUCCAGACAUAUGUGCUAUCUGUGAAAGAACAUGCAAGUGUUGGAACUGCAGUUGGAACAGUUGUGGCUGAUGAUCCUGAUGAGGGCAUCUUUGGUGAAAUUACAUAUAGCCUGUUACCAGCAAGCAUAUAUGAAUUUAAAGUCCACAGCAGUACAGGUGUCAUCACAGUUGGGAAUAGCACAGCAAUUGAUAGAGAGAGACGUCCCACUUAUUACAUUACCCUUCAAGCAACCGACGGUGGGAACUUUACAGGUACUACUUCGGUUGAAAUUGCUCUGGAAGAUAUAAAUGAUUUCCCUCCGGAAAUGACAAGAGAUUCUUACAGCGCAUUCAUCACAGAAGACAAAGUAAAUGAAUUAAACAUUAAAAUUGCGGCUUUUGACAAUGAUGAAGAAGGUACCAAUAACAGCAGAGUGCAAUACGCUAUAGUUGGUGGUGACUACCAAAAUAAUUUUACCAUUGAUCCCCUCACGGGUGUUCUUCAUUCAGUUGGAGCUAUUGAUCGAGAAGGCAUAAACCCAUCUCUCGAUGGAAAAAUCACUCUAAUUGUGGAAGCAUAUGAUUUAGGUGUUCCUUCCCUUUCAACAAAUGUCAGUGUUGUUAUCAAUAUAGAGGAUAUAAAUGACAAUGCACCUGUAUUUGCUGAGUCUGUCUACAAUGCAUCUGUAAUGGAGCACACAUUAGGAGCCUUUGUGACACUGGUUAAAGCCACUGACAAUGAUGCUACAGAUAUCAAUAGCCGGGUGAUAUACCGCAUUGAAAAUGGCAGCAGAGGAAAUUUCCUAAUAAGAACCAUCCUCGACCAAAUGGACCCAAAUCAGUAUGAAGGAAAUAUUACCGUUGAUCCAGCAAUUGAGCUGGAUUAUGACAAAGGACCAAAGCUUUACACUUUAGGGAUCGCUGCCUCAGAUUUGGGAAUACCAGCUAAAUCAGCCUAUGCAACUGUUCAUGUGAAUGUAUUGGAUAUGAAUGAUGAACCUCCUGUAUUAGAUCAAGAGUCUAUGAGGGAUCUGGAUGUCAUGGAAAAUAAUGCCACGGUUGGAAUAGUGAGAAACAUUAUUGCCCAUGAUGUCGACACCAAUCACUCACUGAUUUAUCAAGUGGUUUCAGUGGAUUGUAAGAAACGUAAUAUUAUUGAUAAGCAAUCCAAUCUGUCAUGCCUGUACUGGUUUGGGCUUUAUAGCAAUGGCUCACUCUAUGUGAAUGAAUCUUCAGUUAUUGAUUAUGAGGAGUAUGAUGAGGUCAGAAUUACAAUUCGAGUUACUGACAUCUACACUGAAAAGAAUAAACAAUUUACUGAUGGCACACUUACCAUCAAUAUUGUGGAUGGGAAUGACAACCGUCCUGUGUUCCUUGCCUUUAAGAGGAAGUCUGUUAUCGUGGCAGAAUUAGCAACAACUUCUGCUGCAGUAACAACAGUUCAGGCAGUUGACAAUGACACUGGGAUAAACGGUGAAAUUUAUUUUGUUGUGACCCAAGUUCUAUUCAUUUUUUCGGAUGGCCAGCCAAGCAAGGUAUUGCCAGAUUUAUUUGAAGCUUCGAGAGCAACCCUUAUUAAUGGUGAAUACACAGCCACUAUCAGAAUUAAAUCUUCACUGGACAAAACAUUAAAGGGUCAAUAUAAUGUAACUAUAAAAGCAAAAGACAAAGGAGAUCCCAGCUUAUCUGCAACAAGUUACUUAGAUUUAAUUACAGUGGAUGAGACAUUGAAGGCACGAUUGGAGUUUCAAGUGACAACCGUAGAAGUUCAGAGAAACAUGAAUGAAAUACUUACCACUCUUCGCAAAGCUACAUGGUCAGAUCCACGUGUGGUAGGCAUAACGGCUACUGGCAAUGAGCGAGUUCAAUCAUUAACCAGAAAUGUAGCCAGAUCUAUUAUGGAGAUUUACUUUAUACGCAGCAAUGGAACAGCUAUACCUCCUGAUGAUAUCAAUGGCAUUCUACAGCUUGAUCCAGAGUCUGUGCGUCAAUUGAUAGAGCUUGGUCUUUUGAACAUUAAACAAACAAUUGAUCCUACUGAUAGUGAAAAUGUACUCCUUUUUACAAUUGCUGGUUUAGUAGCAGCUCUCGUUAUCAUAUUCUCCAUCAUGAUAACGAUUCUGUUUUGCCUUCGCAAAAGUUACAAAAGAAAGCUAAAAUCAGCAAAUGCGAUGAAUACAGCUCAAACUACUUCCAUUAAUGCAGUACAGAGUGGACCUGUUGUUCCUGGUACAAAUAAAUACACCAUGGAAGGGGCAAAUCCAGUAUGGAACACCAAUAUCAACAGCUCAGCAGACUUUGGUUUUGAAGACGGUGAUUCAGACAGAACAAGCAUUAAUUCACUGGAUGAGAACAUGGUAGAUAUGAUGACAGAAGAACCUAAAGUGAAGCAAAACACAUCAAAGACCAUGGGCAUUCACUCAGAUCAAAACACCAGACCUUUGGAGGCUGCACUUGAUGACCAUGUUCACAUUAUUGGAAAAGCAACAGAAAUCUCUGAGAUUUGAGUGUUUGAUCACAUGAUUUUUGUCUUUUGUGUUUAUUAUACUAUUUUCAAAUCUGCAUCGAUAAUCUAUCAUCAAAGGAAACUGAGACCUGUUGCUAAUUUUUGGCAUGUCUUUGUUAUCCAGAAAGUACUUUUUCAAGCCAUGUGCUUUUGCGAAGAUUAUAUUACAAUUAACGUAUCAUUGUCACACAUAUAUGUUGUCCAUCAGAUUUUGACUUGACUGUAAUAGAAUAUUUGCAUGUUGCUAUUUGCACCAUUGACUGCACGAGAAAAGAAAUGGAAACUGUGGUUAAAUUGUAAAGUAGCAUUUUUCCACUGUUGGGGCUGAAUGCAACAAUAUGGUUAAUAAUGGUUAAGAACCAUUAUGAUUCAUUAAGAAUUAUCUUAAUCAUAUUCUUUUCUUCUUCUAAAAGUUUAUUUACUGCUAUUCCCUUUGUUUUCCUUAUAUAAGCAUAUUCAAACUUAUAAUUUGCCUCUUAAUACAUUUAUUCUUGAUAAAUUUACUAUGACAAUGUCAUAUAUAUGGAAUCUCCACCAUAGGCUUUAAGCCCUGUAUCAUUAUCUUUUUCUGAUGUUUGGUAAAAUUUUCAAAUUUUUAUUUGUUAACAUUAAUUACCCUGAGAUAUUUCACUCUGACAGAAGUACUGGAUAUAACGUGAUUCUGCUGUUGUUGUUGCAGGCAAAUAAAUAACUAACCAACAGUACUUCCUUGUCAACAAGAAUUAGUCCAUAUAAAAUUUGUUAGAUUAUUGCAGUGUUAAUGAAUUUGAAGUAAUUCAGGGAUAAGAAAUUGAACAUCUGUAAGGAAGAUGCAGAGACAAUAGGAAUAAGGUAAUUUAUUGAAUAAGACAAUAAGACCAUAAGACAUAGGAGCAGAAUUAGGCUAUUUGGCCAACGGAGUCUGCUCCACCAUCCUAUCAUGGCUGAACUAUCAUCUCUCUCAACUCCAUGCUCCUGCUUUCUCCCUGUAAUCUUUGAUCCCCUGACUAAUCAAGAACCUAUCAACCUGUGCUUUAAGUAUAUCUAAUGACUUGGCCUCCACAGCUGUCUAUGGCAAUCCACCCGCUGUCUAAAGAAAUUCCUCCUCAUCUCUGUUCUCAUCGCUGUGUUCUCUGGGACUAGACUCCAUCACUCUAGGAAACACCCUUUCUACAUCCACUCUGUUUAGACUUUUCAAUAUUUGAAGGCUUUCAAUGAAAUCCCCCUUCAUUCUUCUAAACUCCAGUGAGUACAAGCCCAGACCCAUCAAACGCUUAUCAUACAUUAACCCUUUCAUUCCUGGAAUAAUUCUUGUGAACUUCCUUUGGACCCCCUUCAAUGCUAUCACAUCUUUUCUCAGAUAAGGAGCCAAAAACUGCUCACAAUACUCCAAGUGUGGUCUGUCUAAUUUCUUAUAAAGCUUCAGCAUUACAUCUAGUCUUCUUGAAAUGAAUGCUAACAUUGCAUUUGCCUUCCUUAGCACCGACUCAACCUGCAAGUUAACCUCUCUGGAAUCCUGCACAAUGACUCUCAUGUCCCUUUGCACAACAGAUUUUUGAAUUUUCUCCUCAUUGAGAAAAUAGUCUACACCUUUAUUCCUUCUGCCAAAGUGAACGACCAUGCACUUUCCUACACAGGAUUCUACCUGCCACUUAGUUGCCCAUUCUCCUAAUCUGUCUAAAUCCUUCUGCUUUAUGAAUACUAUCUGCCCCUCUACCUACCUUUGUGUUGUCCACAAACUUGGCCACAAAGUCAUCGAUUCCAUCAUCCAAAUCAUUAAUAUAUAAUACGAAAAGAAGCAGUGUACUGGCAUUCCUGCAAAACCUAUGUAUUUGGAAGAAUGUGGAAAAUGUUACAUGAUGUGAUAUGAGGCAGCAUGGUAGCAUUUAAGAGGUUUACGGUUGUCUAUAACAUGUGCGAAUCAUUUUAGAUGAAUAUAUAGUGUAAUAUUUUGAAAACAAUCAACAAAUAGGAAUGAACUAUAGAUGGAAGAAUCCUGUAAGCUAAACAUGAAUCUAUGAGGAACAGUGAAGUAUUACAGGCUCAGGGUCUGUAACAAAUAGGCAUUCCCAUAUAUUUCUACACAAUGGUAACAAUUUUUAGCUGUUUAAGUGAAAAUGCCAAUAGAAUUAAUUUUGGUUAUUUGAUAGAAGAUAAAUAUAAUGCAAAAUAUACAAGUGUUAAAAUGAAAGUCUGCAAAGUUUUUCACAGAAGGAUAGAUUCAUGCAAAAUAGUUGACCAUAUUUGUAAGCUAUUUUAUCAAAAACUUGAAUGUUUUGUAUGUGAUUUCCUGCUUUGUACACAAAGUACAAUAAAUCAUCUUUUACCAAUAGUUCUCUUUUCAACUUCUAUUAAGAGUAGUUCAUUUCGGAAUGAAGGCAAUAGGAUUAGUUAUUUU